GAGUCCGAGCGCCAUGGAGGACCUGCUGGAUGUGGAGAACAAGCGGAUGGCCGAUAGCCUGGCCAGCAAGGUCACCAGGCUGAAGUCGCUGGCUCUGGAUAUUGACAAGGAUGCUGAGGAACAGAACCGCUACCUGGAUGGCAUGGACUCGGAUUUCCUGAGCGUGACGGGGCUGCUGUCGGGCAGUGUGAAGCGUUUCUCCGGCAUGGCGCGCUCUGGCCGGGACAACCGCCGGCUGCUGCUCGCCGUGUCCGUGGCCCUCAUCCUCAUCUUCUUCAUCCUCUACUACCUGGUGUCCCGGGCAGGCACCUGAGCCCGGGCUGGGAGGUGUCACAGACCCCCGAGCAGGGCAGGUGGCACAGGCCAGACCCCACCAUCCGCAGACCUGUCCACACGUUUUCCAGAGGAGCCUUCGGCCACAACUUCACCUUCCCGGUGACUUUUCCUCCCUCCAGCUCCUCAUUGUUGCUGGGCCCAGACAGCUCUUCCAAAACAAGUUUGGCUCCAAAGGGAUCUUCAUGUCGAACAUGAUUUUGGGGUCAUGGCUCAGGCCGUGACCUCCUGCCUUGUCCACAAUCCCGUGGGCUGUUUUUAAGGGCCACUUCCGCAUCACCUCUCUUGCUGAAAACCCGUAACUAACAAAUCCAGGGACUUGUGGAUACUCCAUAAUCCAUCUGAGCUUUGCAAGCUGUAGGAUUUAGGAUGCUGAUUUAUUGGGAUUUGGGAGUACCAGUGUGUGACUUACAUUCCAUGUGGCCGCUCUCCAUUUCCCUGGGACUUGCAGAUCAUACUCCUGGGCUGAAAGGAAACCUGUGCUGUGCUGCUUUAGGAUGGAAUUAGCAAUGGAUCUGGGCCUGGAUACUCUCAAAUUGUGGCAGGGAAAAGAUGCAGGGGAGCAGGACUUUCAUUAAAUCCUGGCUUGGUUGUCUUUAUCAUCCUUGUGGGCAAGCCAGGCUGGACCCUGUGGGAAAGGAUAACCACAUGGAUUUGCAGUUGUGUGGAACCUUCCCACACAUGUGCAAACUAAGUUACUAAAUCAGGGUAAAGAAAUCUGGUGGCAGGAGGUCCAGUUAAUUGUGGUUACCUUGGCACCCUGGUUUUAGACCACUUUGGGGAGAUGUUGUGCCAAUAAAGCAGAGGUUGAAGUGGAAUUCCCCCCGCAGUCAGGAGCUGGGGGGAAUCAAUGAGGGAUUUGUUGAUUUGUUUAUGAAUUUGGAAGGUACAAAAGGAACCCCUGCCUUGACUUGGGGGGUGUCUUUGGUUAUUUGCUUCUCUCUUCCUGCAACAGCCAGGGCUCAGCCAUUCCUCCUCCUCUGAUUCAGACUCCAGCAAACCCUCUUCAUGGAUGGCUGGGUGUUCUUUUGCCUUCUCCCUGUUCCCACUGGGAAUUCCUUUGCCCUUGGGCUAACUCGGGUCCACAGCUAUGAAGGGAAUUUUGUCCCAUGUACCAAACUGCUCACAAAACACACCCUGGCUGGAUUAGGUGUGUUCUUUUUCCCAUAUGGGAAAAAAAUGUGCAGGGAAGGCAAAGAGAAAGAAGCCAGCAGGAACUUCUCUGGCUCUUUCUGUUCUCCUGGUGCAACAUGGCAGCUCUGACUCUUUCCCUUGGGAAGAAUCAAUGGCUUGUAAUUCCUGGAACAGGUGACUCCCGAUGAAAAGCCCCUGAAGCAGCCUGGCCCUCAUCCUGGCGGGGUUUAUUUUGUCUUUCCUGCUGUAAAUAAAGCUGAUUUUAGACCUUUUA